AGAGCAGGGAAGGUUUUAUGUCAGUAUAACAAGAGGGGGGCGAUACUUGGCUGGACACUCAUGUUUUGGAUUAUGUAGUGCUGCUCUUCGCUAGUACCAAAACUAGAGAGCCGUCCUGUGUUGGGGGAAAGAUUGUAAAACCACAUGUAAUGGCUUCUAUACCUCACCUGGCACUGGGCAGAGCAGCAGGGCAUGGCUGGCACAGGAGCAGGGCACUUACAAUGAUGGGCAUGAGGGCUUUUAUUAAGAAAUAAAAAGCAGUUCCUGCUUCUGACAAGUUAGAUCUGUUCCACUACCUGACUGUAAGUAGUUCGUAUCAUUUACCUGAAAAUAUGUGUGUUCCUUUGGUAAAUCAUUACUCUAUAAACCUCUGAUCCCAGCAGCUGCGGGCAGAGAAGAGUUGAAUAGCAAAUACUUCCACGUUCACGUUUAAGUUCGUUCCACUGCAGGUUUGUAGCCAGUUAUUCCAGGUCUCAGUUUCACCUUAUCCUCUCAUCUGUGACGCUGCGACCUGCACGACUUCACUGCCCCAGGUGAAUGAUUUCUCUGUAGGGGGAGUGUAAGUAUAAAUGCCCCCUCCCUUCUGUCAAUGGGACCCCUUCUGUGGGGCGUUCACUGCCUGCAGUCCCAGCCCUCUCCCUCAGAGCCAUUGCCACAUUUGAAUGCUGCCCAUUGUCCCAAGCUCAGGAGCAGUGAGGAACCGCUGAGAGGAGGAGGAGGCUGAGAAAACAGAAAGCUGGAAGUCAUGGUCAGAUUCCGGGCUCUAAAUGUUAUAGUUGCAGGAUUCUUUCUUCUACAAACAAUAUUCCUGCUUGUUAUCUACUCAAGGAACACAGUGCUGCCAGAUGCUGAAACAAAAACAGAGAAAGUCCAUCUGCUCAUCCUUUCAUCCUGGAGGUCAGGAUCUUCCUUCAUUGGGCAAAUCUUCAGCCAGCACCCAGAUGUAUUUUACCUGAUGGAACCAGCAUGGCAUGUAUGGAUGUCUAUGUUUCAAAACAAUGCCAAAACCUUGCACAUGGCAGUAAGGGAUCUCAUUCGAUCUGUUUUCUUGUGUGACAUGUCUGUAUUUGAUGCUUACAUUCCAAAAAGGAUGAACGUAUCAGAACUAUUUCAGUGGUCUGUAAGCAGAGCUCUGUGCUCAUAUCCUGCUUGCAGUCACUUUAAUCGUGAGGAUAUCACAAAUGAAACAGUGUGUAAAGUAGUUUGUGGGCGCAACUCCUUCAGUAAAAUUGAAGAGUCUUGUAAUACCUACAGUCAUAUUGUUUUAAAAGAAGUGCGCUUCUUUGAUCUAAAGGUUCUCUAUCCACUCCUCACUGACCCUUCUUUAAAUCUUAAAAUCAUUCAUUUGGUUCGUGAUCCACGAGCAGUCGCCAAAUCGCGGGAGCAAGCCAUGAAAGCUUUGACUAGAGACAAUGGCAUUGUCCUUAACACCAAUGGCACAAAAGUAGAUGACGUCAGGUAUGAUGUUUUGCGAGAAGUCUGCCGAAGUCAUGUCCAGAUGUAUGAAACAGCCAUGGAUAAAGCUCCCAGUUUCCUUAAAGGCCGCUAUAUGUUAGUGCGAUAUGAGGAUGUUGUGAGGGACCCUUUAAGAGAAAUAAACCAAAUGUAUGAAUUUUCCAACCUAAAAUUGACAGCCAAACUUAAAAGCUGGAUCUAUAAUAUUACCCAUGGAGUAGGCCCUGGAAGCAAAAAAGAAGCAUUUAAAACCACAUCCCGGAAUGCAGCAAAUGUCUCACAGGCCUGGAGGAAAGAUCUGUCCUUCCAAAAAAUUCAGAAAAUCCAGAACAUAUGUAAAGGUGCAAUGAAUCUUCUUGGGUACCAAUUUAUAGACAGUGAGAAAGAGCAGAAGGACAUGUCCAUGGAUUUUGUAUUGCCAAGGCGACAUUACCAGUUUAGCUGGCUGCCUAAUAACGAUAAGAAAUGAGAGAGAGAUAUAAAUAUAUACAUACAUUUAUUUAUUUAUUACUGUUAGUUGCAUCAUUUUCAAAGACAGACUGUUUUAUUAAAUUCAAAAUGACAAAGCCAACAUUUUAAGUUAUCAUAGAAGCAGCAUUAUGAGCUCUUCCAAAUUUUGACAUUUCAUUUAAUUCUGUGCUACAAGCUGCUGCGGGCCAUGUAAGAUGGAAGUCACAGCAACAGGAAGACUGUAACCCAGAAAUUCCUGGCACCAAAUAGUUUGCACUGCUUGUUGUUGGAUAGAAGUAAAUCAAAUAAGCACUUAGCUUUGGCUACCAAAACUCCAAUUAUACUGAAUUACCAACUUUUAAAGAUGCCUUAAAGGUGCUUUUUUUGGUCUGCUACUCAUUACAGACCUGAAUAUGGUGAUUAUUGUUUUCUUAUUGGACAAUGCAUUAUUUUUAGUUUAUUAAAAAUAAACUGACAGUACUUUCAUUUGAAAGCAGCAUUUCUGCCUAGAGCAGCAUGCAGGAUUAUAUAUAUAUAAUGUGUCAUGUUUCAUAUUAUUUUGUGACUUUCACGGCUGGUUCUUUAAAAAUCGUAUGUUGACUAAUUACCCGCAGUAGACCAAGUUACUAUGAACUGACCAUUGUUUCUCGGUCAAAUAAUUUCUUACUUACUGUGUCCGGUCAAAUGUACUACCUAUUGGUUUUGUUAUUUAAAUGAUGGCAUGGUAAAUUUAUAUUGAAGUGUCUUUUAUUCUGAUGUUAUUUUAUAUCCUUAAUGGUUUGAUUUUUGUCAGAUGGUAUGAAAUACAAAAAAAGGUAUUUAUUGAAAAGUGAAGUGCAAAAUAAUCUUUAAGCAGUUUGGAUACAAGUGAUGAUCAGACCAGGUGAUUUAUGCAAUGACCUGUUACUAGGGUUCCAUAAACGGCACAUUGACCAACCUAUUGCCACAUACUAGAUUAUGCAACCUUUUAACUGAAACUUUUUGCAGUGAAUUGUGUGAUAUAUGGUGCAAAGUGUGCACCUAAACAACCAAACAGCAGAUAGCAUUUACUGGCCAUCUGUUUCAAAGCAAUUCUCAUUGGUUUCUAUGGGUUGCUGAAGCUGGGCAAACUUUUUAGCUUUCAUUAGGCAUGGGGGAUAAUAUGAUGCAAUGCUAUCAGGGUUAAUCAACCAAAUGAGGACAAAGUAGACUAAGUGAUGAUUCAUAUGAGCUCAUGUAUCUUUAGGCUUACAACUAACUCUGUGCAUUCAUUUUUUCUUUACAUUUAAUUGUGUGUCUCUAAAGGUGGAUGUUGAGGUGCAUGUACAGUAUAUGUUCACUGGCUGACACAGAACUCCCACUGCAGGUCAGGUUUUACAUUCAUAAAUGUCCACUAAUAUCUAUGUGAUGAUUCUGCUGGGCAAUAGUUCAGAUAUCAGUAACCCAACCUGGAUGUAUCCAACAUUACAGAAAAAGAACAUUGCUUCUCAGCCUCUUAAAGGAACAGUAACACCAAAAAAUGAAAGUGUAUAAAAAAUAAUUACGAUA